UCCAGGCGCUGCAGCUUCCCCAACUGCGAGUUUGCAGCCAGCUUCGGGUUAUCGGGCACGAGCGCUACCCUGUGCGGCAUCCAUAGGUUGGCAGAUCAUGUGGAUGUGAUACAUCGGAGGAGGUGUGAAGUGGAAGGAUGCGUCCGCCAUCCCUCCUACGGCCACCCGUCCGAGUCGUUCGCUCGCUUCUGCAAGUCGCAUCGCCCCCAAAACUUCAUCGACAUGAAGUCGAGGAAGUGUCAGUAUCCCUUCGGCUGUCUCAAGCGACCUUCCUUUGGCAGUGCGGAGGACGGCAUCCCUCGCUUCUGCAUGCAGCACAAGCUGCGCACUCACGUCAAUGUAAAGAGCAGGAAGUGCCAAAGCGCAGGAUGCGGGAAGCAGCCUUGUUUCGGCAGCAACGUCGACCAUGUGGUUCGCUUCUGUGCCAUCCAUCGA